AUGCUCACCCCGUUUUUCGUGCCCUGGCACCUGUGCUGCCGGUUUUGUCUAGGCCCCGUCGCUGCCGUCCGUCACUACUCGGAGGAGCUCUCUGCUUCCGAGUUUGAUGCCAAGUGGAAGGCUUACUUUGAGGAUGAGAGCCUUGACUCGGGUGCCAUCCGACGAGGCCUCAACGACCUCUUCGCCCACGAUUUGGUCCCCGAACCCGCCAUCCUUGAGCAGGCUCUGCGCGCUUGCCGUCGUGUCAAUGACUUCUCCACCUCGGUCCGCAUCUUUGAGGGCGUGAUGGACAAGGCCCCUGAUGCCACCACCUACAACUACGUUGUCUCUCAGCUCAAGCCCGUCAUUGCCGAGCUUGAGGUCACUCUCCCCGAGGAGCUUGGUCUCCAGUAA